CUUAAGUUUAAGGGACUAUUUAUCGAAAAAAUUUAAAUUAGAUGUAUUUGAUGUUUGGACAUAAAUUGAGGGAUCAAAUUGAUCCUUUGUCCAAAAAUGAAUGGUUAAAAGGAAAGAAAUCCAAAAACAUCUUGGCAGUAUCGAGGUCCAACAUUUGAUCGAAUCAGAAAGCUAAUCAGUGACAGUUCCAUGGCCACGGGAAGCCUACCCACCAUUCUUCUCUUCCUCUUCACAUUCUUCUCCAUGGUACUAGUAGAUGAUGGCGCUGUGAGUUCAGCCCAGUACCCACUAGUAGUGAGCACGUGGCCAUUCAAAGAAGCUGUUAAAGCUGCUUGGAGAGCUGUAGAUGGUGGCCUUUCUGCUGUUGAUGCCGUUGUGGAGGGUUGUUCUACUUGUGAGGUACUUAGGUGUGAUGGUACAGUGGGACCUGGUGGAAGUCCAGAUGAGAAUGGAGAAACUACAAUUGAUGCCCUGGUCAUGAAUGGGGUGACAAUGGAGGUUGGAGCUGUUGCUGCCAUGAGGUAUGUGAAAGAUGGCAUCAAAGCUGCAAAAUUAGUGAUGCAACAUACACAACACACUCUGCUUGUUGGGGAGCAGGCAUCAGCCUUUGCCAUUUCAUUGGGUCUUCCUGGACCUACAAACCUGAGUUCAUCUGAGUCCAUGGAGAAAUGGACUAAAUGGAAAGAAAAUCGCUGCCAACCUAACUUUUGGAAAAAUGUCUUGCCAGUUAACAGCUGUGGUCCUUAUCAUCCAAAGGGCAUCAUGAAUGUCAAGGAAGAGGAAUGCUCCCAAAUUAACGCAAUGGGACUGGCUGAACCAAGAUCAUCUCAUAUUGGUCGUCAUAACCAUGACACUAUAUCAAUGGCCGUCAUUGAUAGGAUGGGGCAUGUAGCUGUUGGUACAUCAACAAAUGGGGCCACAUAUAAGAUCCCAGGCAGAGUGGGUGAUGGGCCCAUUGCGGGAUCUUCAGCAUAUGCCGACAAUGAUGUUGGUGCUUGUGGUGCGACCGGUGAUGGUGACAUCAUGAUGCGCUUCCUUCCAUGCUAUCAAGUAGUCGAAAGUAUGAGAUUAGGUAUGGAACCUAGAGACGCUGCCAAGGAUGCAAUAUCACGUAUCGCAAGAAAAUUUCCUGGUUUUGUGGGAGCUGUUUUUGCCGUCAAUAAGAAUGGUGUGCAUGCUGGUGCUUGCCAUGGAUGGACGUUUCAGUACUCGGUGAGGAGUCCAGAAAUGAACAAGGUGGAGGUUUUCACAGUGUUCCCCUGAGCCUGAAGUAGCAACUCAUUAUUGCAAACCAUUAGUUAAUUCAUCAGAGAAUGCAACAUCCUCGCUGUAUUUUUCCAAUAACUUUGUUAAAGUGCAUGUCUAGAAAUUAUUUUGGCCCAUUUUAUGUUCGGUUGAGUGAAAAGAAGAUAUUUCCAUAGCUUGAGAAUUGGGAGAAUGUAAUGCAAAAGCUUGCAACACAAGUGUGUGUUAGGCUUGCGUUAUUAAUUAAAAUCGAAACAUUAUGAAA